CCGGCUAACAGCUAACGGCUAACGGCUUGCUAGUGGCGCUAUGAUGGCGGAGCUGGUGCAGGGACAGGCCUCGAUGAACCAGCCGGGGCUGAAGUCAGAGGGCCUGGCCGAUGUUUUACAGAGGGCCCGGCAGAUGGUGGGUAAGAUGGGUGGAGAAGCUAUGUCCCACCUCAACAGCUCCUCAGGAAGUGUCGAACCCUCACUGUACUACUCCGGCCAGAAACGACCAGGAGAGGAUGGAGUAGGUAACCAGCUAGCAGCCAUGGGGCAUCAAAGCAGGGUAAUCACAGAGGAUUACAAGGUCCCUGACAGGAUGGUGGGCUUCAUUAUUGGCAGAGGAGGAGAACAGAUCACCAGGAUCCAGCUGGAGUCAGGCUGUAAGAUCCAGAUCGCUCCUGAAGGCGGGGGUCUAAUGGAGCGGCCGUGUUCUCUGACUGGCACUCCAGAAAGCAUCGAGCAGGCGAAGCGGCUGCUGGCCCAGAUCGUGGAUCGCUGCAGAAACGGUCCAGGUUUCCAUGGUGAUGGAGAUGGUGGGGCGUCAGUGCAGGAGAUGCUGAUCCCGGCCAGCAAGGUCGGGCUGGUGAUUGGCCGAGGAGGAGACACCAUCAAACAGCUGCAGGAGCGAGCUGGAGUGAAGAUGAUGAUGAUCCAGGAUGGUCCGAUGCCAACAGGGGCUGACAAACCUCUCCGCAUCUCUGGAGACCCGUACAAAGUGCAGGCAGCAAGGGAGUUGGUGCUGGAGGUGAUCCGGGAGAAAGACGGAGACUUCAGAUCAGGACGCAGCGACUUUAGCGCCCGACUGGGAGGAACCAGCCUGGAUGUUCCCGUUCCCAGAUUUGCUGUCGGCAUCGUGAUUGGCAGAAAUGGAGAAAUGAUCAAGAAGAUCCAGAACGAUGCAGGGGUCCGAAUCCAGUUUAAAGCAGAUGAUGGCAUCAGUCCAGAGCGUGUUGCCAUGGUGAUGGGUCAGCCGGACCGCUGUCAGCAUGCUGUCCACCUCAUCAACGAACUCAUCCAAACAGCACAGGAACGUGAUGGUUUUGGUUCAGCCCUGCGGGGCGGGCGAGUCAGAGGUCGUGGCGAUUGGACUAUGGGCUCUCCUGGUCCCCUACAGGAAGUGACAUAUACCAUCCCUGCUGACAAAUGUGGCUUGGUCAUUGGCAAAGGUGGAGAAACCAUUAAGAGUAUUAACCAGCAGUCUGGAGCUCACGUGGAGCUGCAGAGGAAUCCUCCCCCCUCCACCGACCCCAACACCCGGGUCUUCACCAUCAGAGGCACCGCCCAGCAGAUGGACCUGGCUCGCCAGCUCAUAGACGACAAGAUCGGGGGUUCGGGUAUUAUGAGUAACGGAGGUUUCGGCUUCAGUCCCUUCACCCAGGGUCCUGCUGCACACCAGAACUGUGGUAGCGGACAGACCUUCCUCACUGGUGUUUGGGGAAACACCUACCAGACCAGCUGGCAGAACCCAGGACAGCAAGACCCAGGUCACAGUAUGGCUCAGACAGGACAGAUGGACUACUCUAAAGCAUGGGAGCAGUACUAUAAGAAGCUAGGUCAGCAGAACCAGCCUCAGAGCUUGAUGACGGACUACAGUAAGGCCUGGGAGGACUACUACAAGAAACAGAGUCAGUCGUCUCAGCAGAGUUCAGUGCCAGAAUACACUGCAGCAUUAGCAGAAUACUACAGACAGCAGCAGCCCUACCUGUGGAAUCCCACACAGAUACAGGAUCACUAGAGGCUCCUCCCUCACCAGCGAAGGCCUCGGAUGGUCAUCGAUGGCAUCCGAAUCGGGGUUUCCUAGCAACGCUCUGCCGCUUCCUCCUUCUUUUUGUAGAGAAAAACUAAGGAUUAACUGAAAAAUCAUGAACUCUUUUCUUUCUGUUUUUUUUUUUUUUUUUAACCUUACAAAGUCGAUAUUUUGUCAGGCAGAUUUUUUUGGACUAGCCUCCGGUCUCUCCGCGGUGUAGACCUGGUUUUUCUUCGUUUUUAUUUUUUAUCAGACUUGAGUUUCAAGAUGUAUCUGUGUGGCUUUGAACAAACAAAAUCCAGUAUAAUCUAUAUUUUGUCUAGUUUUAUUUUCUGAUAAGAAAACGGUAUAAGGCUUAGCAGUCUUGAGUAUGAAAAUCAGAUAUUAUUUUGUUUAUGAUAAUGUUUUAAAGCAUGCGUCAGAUUGUGUGAGUUGACUCAGUUUUUUUUUUUUUUUAUUAUUAUUUUGGCAUAAAAAUAUUUUAAUGGCGUCGGAUGGAAAUGUAAAGUUUUACCGUCAGAUUGUUUUUGUACUAAAUCCGUGCUCACUGGGUCUGUUUCUUCUAAUUUUACCUGUUUAGUCGCCAUCUUGGAGGUGCAAUGACGCGUUAUUGUUUUCUUUUGGUUUGAUGAUAGUUCUUACUCCUGUAUCCUUAUAGUGAUUUCUUUAGGUUUUUAUGAUGUAAUGAUGAAUAAAUAGCGAUUAAUAUUGCGUUGUCUAAAGCCA